AUGGCUGGCGGAAAAGGCGGUAAAGGUGGUAAAGGUGGCAAAGGUGGUAAAGUCGGAGGCGCCAAGAAUAAGAAGACUCCUCAAUCACGUUCUUAUAAGGCUGGUUUAUAAUUCCCAGUCGGUAGAAUCCACAGAUUUUUGAAGGGUAGAGUUAGUGCUAAGAACAGAGUUGGUGCUACUGCUGCUGUUUAUGCUGCUGCUAUUUUGGAAUAUUUAACAGCAGAAGUUUUGGAAUUGGCUGGUAAUGCUUCUAAGGAUUUCAAAGUCAGAAGAAUCACUCCUCGUCACUUGCUCUUGGCUAUUAGAGGUGAUGAAGAAUUAGAUAUUUUGAUCAAGGCUACCAUUGCUGGUGGUGGUGUCAUUCCUCACAUCCAUAAAGCUCUCUUGGGUAAGCACUCUACUAAAAACAGAUCUAGUGCUAAGACUGCUGAACCUCGUUGA